CUUCCUCUUCAUGCUCAACUCAGUUUCUGUCAGUAUCUGCAAUUUGCAUCCAUGGCUCUUCAUCAACUCAUAGCAUCACUUGCCUUUGCACUGCUUCUCAUGAGGCUCCAGCUUUCGGCAUGCCAUCCCAUGAAGGGCUCUGUAACUUGCCUCGACUGUAAUCAGCACAGUCACGAUCUCUCCGAUAUUAAGGUUCUAGUGAAAUGUAGCCAAGUGAAGAAGUUGGGUAUGGCAAGCACAAAGAAAGAUGGCUCCUUCGAGACAGAGCUUCCCGUGGACACAUCUCUUCCUUCCACCAAUUGCCUGGCGAAGGUCAUAGGUGGUCCCACCCAGAUCUACGCAUCCAGGGAGAGCAUGGUCUCCCAGAUUGUGAAGUCCGGUGAACCAAACUCGUUCACCAUAUCGUCUCCUCUCAACUUCUACACAUCAUGCCCUAUCAAGGGCGCCAAAUGUGGGGCCCAGAACACUGAGUUCGGUUCAUCCAAGACCGUUGAUCUACCUAUUCCGCGGGAAUGGGGAUUGGCGCCAACUAGCUAUUAUGUUCCUUUCUUGCCCAUCAUAGGCAUACCUUAAUUAAGUAUGCUACUAAUGUUCGUUCUCUAAGUUGUUAAGGAAUUGAGUAGCUACUAGCUAGGAGAGAAGACUGAUAGGUCUUGCUCUUGUAUGCUCUCUGUAUGUGUAGAAUGUUUUAUUUUCGAGUUCAAGUUGUUUCAUGUCAUUGUAGUAAUCUAAGGUAUAGUGAGUCACGUAUAUGUAUGAUAUAUUGGUCUUGCUCUUAUAUUAUGGCCUUUGUGUGGAGAAUAUAUAUAUAUAUAAGCUCAAAUUAAGCU